AUGCUACCUCCUCGAGCUAUAGCUUUCACUUUGUUUUGUACUCUCUCCUCAGUUCAGGCCAAGCUACUUUACUCCGGUCCAGAAGACCUUUACGCCUUCCCAAAGCAUCGUGUAACCUUUCUGAAUAAUCUUCCAGUACAGAAUGAAACAGCUCAACGGUGGUUUAACGAGGGACUAAGGGGCGGUGAAAGCGAAUUUUUAGAUGACCGGCAGGAUGAACCUUCCUGGUUUUCCAAUGCAGUAUACAAGGAGAUAGGUGGCUCUGAGCUGGAAAUGUCAAAUGACGCUUCGCAAAUCUCACAGUCUCCGAUACCAGAUAAUUCUGGAUAUAUAUUAAAUCAUAUGAAAAUGGGACCAGAUAACGACUUUAUUUGCCUGAUUCCCCCAGCCCGUGAUGUUCCAAUACAAGUACAGGAAAAUAUCGACCAAGAUACAGUCCUCCGCAAUGGCUGGUCACUGCUGGAACCUUUAUCCGGAAAAUGUCUUUAUUACCGGCAACCGUGGUUCACUUAUUCAUACUGUCACAAUCAAGAAAUAAGACAGUUCAAGGAACUCACUCACACGCAACCUCGCUCACCAGGAGCUUCCGAACCCACUGAGGACCCAGAAUGGGAAGCGUUUACUUUAGGACGCGCCCCCUCCGCACAAGAUUCAGGAGCGGACGUAGCCGUCACGGAUCGGCAUGCUCAGGUCGGACACUUUGAAGUUGCUCAUGGUCCAGGCUCUCGUUAUCUGGUUCAACGAUGGGGUGAUGGCACAUUCUGUGAUAAGACGGGAAAAUCUCGUGAAGUUGAAGUUCAGUUCCAUUGCUCGAUGACGAUGGCGGAUUCUAUUCUUCUUGUACGAGAAGCAAAAACAUGUUCCUACGUGCUGAUCGUACAAACUCCACGUCUCUGCGGAGAACCUGGAUUCAAAUCGCGAAUGGAAUUGCCAGAGCAAACCUUUAUCCGCUGUCGGCAAAUCAUCAACCCUUCGCUGGACUCUACUCCCCAAAUUACCCAUCUCGAACAGCGAAAACUUGACGGCCAUCGGAUACCACAAGAUUCCGACCUACCUUCCUAUCUGAACCGUGAAACGCGUUUCGCCGUACCAUCCCCCGCAGCCAAGAGUUCCCUGGGUCCCAGCGCAGGUCAAAGCGAUGACCCGUCGGAUGGGAUAUUGAAACGCGUGCUAGAGGCGUUGAUGAAUGAUCCGGAGCUUCAAUCCUUGUCGGGCGAAAACGCUCAGGUUGUGUUUGGGCGCGGCGAAAACGGCGAGAUUGUAAUCGAGAUUCUGGAAGAGAUUCCAUUUGAUGACCUCGGAGAGUCUGAUUUGCAGGAAAGGGAUGUGGAUAACUACGCUCAUAUAGCAGAAUUUCUUCAAAAGGCCGGUCACCAGUUGAAUAAACCAAAGGACGAGAAGGAACAAGAGGAUGACGAGGUCAGGGACGGUCAAGGGGAAGAAUUAGAAAAAAUUCGCGAAAGGAAAGACGAGCUCUGA